UCAUGCCGUUUGCAUAUUCUAUUUGGUUCUCCGAGCCCUGGACACCAUAGAAGAUGACAUGACCAUCAGUUUAGAAACUAAAGUCCCAAUGCUGCACGAGUUCCACUCCUACCUGUAUCAGCCAGAGUGGAGGUACACCGAAAGCAAGGAGAAGGACAAGCAAGUACUGGAGGACUUCCCCACGAUUUCCUUGGAGUUCAGGAACCUGGCCGAGGUGUAUCAGGAUGUGAUCACUGAUGUUUGUCGUAAGAUGGGAGUGGGAAUGGCGGAGUACUUGGAAAAGAAGGUCAACUCCGUGCAGGACUGGGACAAGUAUUGCCACUAUGUUGCCGGACUGGUAGGGAUUGGUCUUUCCCGUCUCUUCUCUGCUUCGGAGCUUGAAGACCCUAUCGUAGGACAGGACGUGGAGCUUGCAAAUUCCAUGGGGCUUUUCCUGCAGAAAACCAACAUCAUUCGUGAUUAUUUGCAGGACCAGCUGGAGGGAAGGGAAUUCUGGCCCAGAGAGGUUUGGAGCAGGUAUGCCAAGAAGCUCUCGGAUCUUGCCAAACCAGAGAACGCUGACAUGGCCGUCCAGUGUCUGAACGAGCUGAUCACAAACGCUCUCCACCACGUCCCUGAUGUCCUCAAGUACUUGUCCAGACUCAAAAACCAAAGUGUCUUCAACUUCUGUGCUAUUCCACAGGCGAUGGCCAUUGCCACGCUGGCUGCUUGUUACAACAACAAACAAGUGUUUAGGGGUGUCGUGAAGAUUCGGAAGGGACAAGCUGUUACCAUGAUGAUGGAUGCCACAAAUGUGCAGGCCGUCAAAGCUAUAAUAUACCAAUAUGUGGAAGAGAUCUACCAGAAAAUCCCAAGCACAGACCCUUCUUCUAACAAGACCCAGCAGAUCAUCGCCUCUGUCCGGACAAUGAGUUUGCCCAGCAGCACCAUUGUGUCCCGUAACCAUUAUUCCCCCAUCUACCUAUCCUGCGCCAUGCUUUUGGCAGCGCUGAGCUGGCAGUACCUUAGCGCGAUGUCGAAGACGUCGGAGGAGUACAUUCAGGCCAGCGAGAACUGAGGGCUGGGGGAGACUGCAGGUUGGCAAUUGGGCAGUGUUGGGGACUGUGUCCUGUGUGUCUUCCCGGUGGGCUGUUAUGCUGCAGACUUUCCAGCUAGCAUGUGCCCUUGGAGACUGAUGCUAUGAAUGAAUCAGGAUGUCUGGAGGUGCCAUUUAGCCCCAAAAUGUUGUGAGGUAAGCUGGCUUGCUAGACCGUGGUUACCCUUCCCAUGCCAGCAACCUGGUGUCAUUGAGGUGAACAAGUUAGAUAGAAGUUUUGUGUUUGA